UUAAAAGGACGUGGCCAUAACUGCCAUUGCCAGUAUAUAGCUACACAAAUUCAGCUAGACGAUCUAGACAUGACACUUUUGAGUUUAAUUUUACGGCAAUGCUGUAAUUUACCUCAAAAUGAAUACGAAGUGAUAAACCGAUUACGGCAAAUAAAAAACGAUUAUGUAAGCCACAAUUCCAGUGCAGCUAUCGGUCAGAGUGAAUUCAAGUGUUUAUGGUCUAAUAUUACAAAUUUGAUUCUAAGAAUAGAUCCAUCAUUACAAGACAAUCUCGUAAGACUAGAAAGGAGACCAUUGGAUGAGACUCUCUGUUAUAAAUACAGCACCGAGGUAUCUGGCAUUCAAACAAAAUUGGAGGAGAUUGAUUGUAAAUUCAACAGAAUGGAGAUGUUGCUGAUUGAGAAUUCAAAAAAACUAGAUGAUUCAAUGAGAAUGAAUUCAAGAGAGAGAGAUGAGUCAGAUGAACAAACUCUAAACAACGAGAAAGAAGACAAUCAUAUGAAUAAUUCGUCACAAGGAGGACCAUAUGCAGAAUGUUCCAAAGCAAGGAAGGACAAAGAGUAUGAGAUAAUAUAUACACGUUCCAGUGACGAAAAAUGUCAAAAUCUGGUUGAAGUCCGGAAUUCUACAGAACCACAUGUGGGCAUAGAUCAUACUACCAGCAAUGUAGAUGGACGUCAAAAAAAUAAAAGACCAAUCGCAACAGAACACGAAGAUAUAAAGGAAUGUUCAAGCAUUAAAAAAGUUAAAAGGGAAAGGGCUCUCUCUAAUUUAUCCAGUGAAGAGGAAAUACCAAACUUGGAAAAUGUUCAGCACAUAAAAGAACUGAAUGUGUCUGUAGAGCAGAAGAAGGAAGCAUCAUUCACCCUGUUUUCCCCAGGAUGUAACGUCAGUGUCGGGACCAUAGUUAUGGGAAACCAAUAUAUAACAGUAACAUCCAUAGAUCAAAUGUCGGAAACUAGUUCAAACUCUACGAGUAUUUGAAAGAAAAAAACGUUACUUUGAACUUCAAUUGGAUGCAGAUGACACUAAACUCAUCUUUGUUCAAUAAAGGUUUAUGACUUAAUUUCAUUGAUUAAUACAAUUCAUAUUCUUAAAUCAUAACAGAUUUGUCAGACCUUUUGGCAUUGUUUAAAUAACAAUGAUCAUUUUAUUUUCACGUAGGUAAUUGUUUG